CGGCUAUUAGGUGAGUUUCAAUGUUAAACAAUAGGUACGACAAUACCUACCUAGUACACGUUUGCCAAAGAUGGUUUGGAAUCACCUCUUGGUAUCUAUACAUACUUAGAUAUUCUUAAACGACCUCAUAUGCAAAAUUCAGUUACAUGAAAAUGGCUCCUUGGCUGGGGCUAGACCAGUCGUUGGUCCCCCAGCUUGUACGCUACAGUCUCAUCUCUGCGGUUCUUCACAUAUAUACCAUACGUAAGAUAGGACCUCUACACGCCGGAUCAGCCAUAUUUAUCUCUCUUACAACCCUCACAAUACUGGCUCGUCAAUGGCUAUCACUCGUCACAAAAUAUGCCCCGGAGCCUUAUCUCGACGAAGUCUUUCAUAUUCCCCAAGCCCAGGUUUACUGCGAUGGGAAAUAUGAUGUGUGGGAUGACAAGAUUACGACGCCACCUGGUCUUUACGUCUUAACGCUCUUAGCAAACAAACUAUCCGGAUUCCCGUGCUCUGCUUACUAUCUCCGACUGUUUAAUGUUGAAGUCAUCUCCUAUCUUGCCAUAGCCGCGGUGAUUUCCAGAGUUCGCCUUGAACAACUAAGAUCAAAAGAAGACCCUCAAGUGCCACUCAAAUACUCGGCCUACGCUAUUUGGACGGGAAUUAACGUCGCUCUGUUUCCCGUUCUAUUCUUCUUCUCCGGCUUAUACUAUACGGAUGUCGUUUCGACAUUUGUCGUAUUGCUUGCUUAUACGAACCAUCUAAGCCGUGUGAGUCAAUAUAGAACCUCUUUGAUCAAUGAUGCCUACACACUCUUUCUCGGACUUCUAGCUCUGUGCAUGAGACAAACCAACAUCUUCUGGGUUGUGGUUUACAUGGGCGGUUUAGAAGUCGUCCAUGGAGUCAAAGAAUUACGACCAAAACCUGUUAAUACCCCGACUUUCACCACGUUAUCACAGCAGAUCGGCUUCUAUGCUUGGAGAUAUUCGCUCGGUGAUAUACACGAUCCUCACGUUGGAUACGCAAAAUCCCCUAUUGACUUGGUUCUUUGCGUCGCGAGUAUCGGCGUUGCCGUACUCUCUAAUCUUCCAAAGGUCAUUUUUCAGCGCAUAUGGCCACAUUUGGUAGUCCUUGGAUCUUUCGUGUGUUUCGUCACCUGGAACGGCGGCGUUGUUCUUGGGGAUAAAUCCAACCAUGUGGCGACCCUGCAUCUAGCCCAGAUGCUCUAUAUCUGGCCGCUCUUCGCCUUCUUCUCGGCACCUCUUUUUAUUCCACAGCUCCUAAACCAUAUCUGGCACACUCUCUUCCCCCCGAAGCCCCUAGAAACGAUCGAUUGCCGGCCAAAUGGGGGACCUUCCCCAAAAGAAGCGCUUGAAUCUACGCAGUCGAACCAACUAAAGAUAUUUAAUCGAGUUGGAUCAAGUCACGUCAUCCUCACCGUCAUACUUCUCGUCGGCGCUCUGGCAGCUGCAGCUCUGAUCGUGAAGUUCAACACCAUCAUCCACCCUUUCACCCUGGCAGACAAUAGGCACUACAUGUUCUACGUCUUCCGAUACACCAUCCUCAGAGCGUGGUGGGUCAGAUACGCCCUCGUCCCCGUGUACGUCAUCUGCGGCUCCCUGUGCUGGGGCGCUCUUCAGGGGGAGCCCGCCUCCAAGUACCACGGACAUCCCGAAUGGAUGCAAACCCCGUUCGACGGUCCUACGCCUGCUCUCAUACCGCGACCGCAGCUCUCGCAACCACCCGAUCUACCAGACGUAUUCGCAUCCCUACCACCGCCAACCUCCUCCGUCCUCAUCCUUCUCCUAGCCACCGCCCUUUCGCUCGUCACCGCCCCGCUAGUCGAGCCGCGGUACUUCAUCCUACCGUGGGUAUUUUGGCGGCUCCUCGUCCCGGCCCAUCUCGGCGUGCCGUUUGCUCCCGAGGCAGAGUGGCGCUUGAUGCCCGCCCUCGAGACAAUCUGGUUCCUGCUCAUCAACGCGGCGACCAUGUUCGUAUUUGUCACGCGCCCGUUCUACUGGAAGGCGCCGGACGGCGAGCUGCUAGACGGCGGAAGGGUGCAACGAUUUAUGUGGUGAUUUCCAUCUCAGCUCUGCAUUCUGAUUUGUUCGUCCCUAUCUGAGGACUAUGCCCCGCGAAAUUAGCACGCAGAUAGAUAGAUAGCUAAAUCCCUAGGUACAAUAAAGUUAUGAAUUUUCUCACUUUUUUUCAUUAGUUA